AUGGAAGCUGUUGCGAAUAUUGUGAAUAGGACUAAUGAUACUUUAUAUAAUAUCAUUAUUUAUCCUGAAGAAGGACAAAUCUUAGUACUAGAAGUUAGACAAGGCGAACCGAUUAUCAGCCAGGCAACGACCUUUCUGUUGAACUACUUGCAGGGUUACAGGUCUGAUAGUGGUGAUGUUGAUUAUGGUAAUGAUGAUGAUGAUGUUGACGAUGAUGUUUCUUUAUUCGUAUUACCUACCCCUUUUAAUGUUUGGCCGACACAUAUCACCCAACCCAUCUUCUAG